AAAGCAAAGUGUACGAUGAUCAAGCGGAAGGAGGAGUCAACAAACUAUAUUAAAUAAGUGAAUGUGGGGGUGCAAAUUUAAUUGAUAACGAAAAAAGGAAAAGUUAACUUCAUUAACUAACUUAAAAGUGGAAGCAAAAUUUUGUGUAUAUUAGUUUGAAAGUGAAAUAGCAUGAACGAACUGAAAGCACCUUCUCUCCAAUCGCUCUUGGAGUCGGAUCGUGGAUCUAGUGACAGUUUGCUUGCCGAAUCGCUGCUUGAUGUGGACGAUUUGGAUGAUGUGGAAUAUUCAAUUCCACCAAGUGGUGAAUUGCCGACCUUAGAAUCGGCAUUAAGUGAAUUUGAAGCAGAUUCGGACAUAGGUUCGGAAUUGGGCGUACCAGCACCAGCACCUACACCAACGCCCUCAUUAGCAGAAGAGGGUGGAGUGCGCAAUGGUGGCGCAGGCGGAGGCGGUUCCAUAAUGCGUUAUGCCAUGAUGCAUGGCGUAUCUGCACAAAUUGCGUCAGCUGCUGAUCGGGUAAAUGCUGGUUUUGCAACUGCGUGCGCUGUGUCAACCUUAAUCGGCAUUGGUACCUCACAUGGUCACAUUCUCAAUUUUGACAUAACACAGACACUACGUUGGGCACAUCAGGACAAGCACGGACAAGGUGCUGUGUCUGCAUUAUCCUACAAUCCGGACUGUACACGUCUAUUAGCUGGUUAUGCACGUGGACUAGUUGUAAUGAUUGACACACAAUCCGGCGACGUUUUACGCAACCUAUUUGACGCGAUUACUCCAAAUACUGGAGUUCUGCAUUUAAAAUGGACCUCUAGACCGGCACUUGCGCUCUGCUCCGAUUCAGGAGGUUCUGUAUGGUCCUUGAGCUUCACAAGAAAGUUGGGCAUUCGUGGUUGCUCAUCACGCUGUCUUUUUAGUGGAGCACGUGGAGAAGUUUGUACCAUGGAACCAUUAUUGAUAGAUAGUUCGCAUGACUUAGAUCAAUAUUGCAUUAUUGCACUCGCCACUUUAUCCAAAUACUUUAUUGUAACCAUACGUCCACGUCUUAAAGUGAUUAAGUAUCAUGCACUUCAGGGGCCAGCUGAUUGUUUACCCGUACUGGCAUGGCAAAUGGUUCUAAUUCAAGCAGCAGAUACUACACGUUCUUUUGAUCCAGUUCUUGUAGUAGGACGUGGCAAUCAGCUUUUUUUCCAUCAACUUUUUAUGGCAAAUGGGCGUAUUUCUUUACUGUACUUGCGGCAUGUGCAAAUGCAGACAAAUUUACUAUCGGUUCAUUGGUUGGGCCCAAAGUGUGUCGCAUGCAUGGAUAUAUCGGAAAUACUACAUCUAAUAGAUGUACGUUCCAGCAAAGAACUUGAAUGUAUUGAUAUGGCUAAUGCAGGAUUAGUAUAUGGUUCAGCGCAAUUCAAAGGACUUGCGACCGGCGGUAAUGUGUCACCUGCUUUAGCUUUGGCCGGCACACAUGCUUGUUACAACUCCCUAAUGUCGCGUGGCACGCAAUUGUACAUUUUGGGUGCACGAUCCUUGCAUAUGAUUGCUGUGCGUACAUGGACAGAGCGCAUUAGUUACUUGGUGAAAAAUCAAAGAUGGCAAGAAGCAUGUGAUCUCGCGCUAGAUGGUUAUCGUGCCACUGCGGAGCGUCCCAGACGUAAAGCACAAGCAAAAGAGCGUAUUAUAAUGCUUUUCAAAGAGUAUUUGGCUGCAUCGGCUAGAGCGCCUGACUACUGUCUGGGGCCUAUUGUAAAGUGUCUGAUCACAAUAGGUGAACUGGAAUUGCUAUGGACACAAUUGUGGGAGCGCUUACAAAACAAAAGCCUUUAUCUACAACAUAUCACCGAGCACAUAGAAAACGAUAAUAUUCAUCGUGUCAGCCCAACAAUUUCACAAGCAUUAGUAGAUCAUUGGCUAGAAAUAUCACCAACAAAAUUAGAAGAAAUUAUACUUAAACUUGACUGGACCUGUCUCGAUUUAAACCAAGUGCUGAAGGCAGCCAAACGUUAUAAGCUUUAUCGCGCACAAAUCUACCUCAAUACACAUGCACUUAACGACUACUCCAGUCCGCUUACGGAAUUGAUACCUUUAGUAGCGCAAGAACCAUCGGGUCUAGGGAACGCGCUACUCGUGUACAUAUCAAGUUGCCUGGCGGGACGUAGUUAUCCAAGUGGGGAAAUACCCAACGAUUUGGUACAAAAUGUCAAACACGAGGUCCUACGCUGCUUAACUUCGCUACAUUCAAAUACUAGUGUACCGAACGAACUGCCAUAUCCGUACUUGCGUGCGCUACUCAAAUUCGAUACAAGAGAAACCUUAAAUGUGAUUUCGUUAGCUUUUCAGGAGAAGGAGUUUAAUGGUGAACUCGGUUUCUCGCAUCGCAAACGCAUAAUAAACAUACUUUUAGAGAUAAUGACACCUGAAAACACAACGUGGGCGGAGAUCGGUUGCCUUUUAAAUUUCAUCGCCCAGCAAAUAUCCCAACAAUGUUUAAAACCUGACACUCAGCUGCUGGAGAAAGUGCUCAAUCACUUGGCGAAAGAAAAAAUAACUAACGAAACUACACGGCAACAUUCUGAACGCGAAAGUGCAUGGCAUGAACUGCUCAUCAACAAUUGUCUAGACGAAAUUAGUACGGAUGAGGAACAGCUGCGUCUGGCGAAACGCGCACACUGCUACUAUGUGGAAGAAUACCUACUAGAGAAGCUGCAGCGUUACGAUGAUAUUGUUGAGUGUUAUCUAAAUAAUGAUCAGCGUCAUGACACCAUGUUCAGUUAUAUGGAGCGGCAUGUUCAACAACCAGAACGUAAAAUUUACGAACAAAUUGAGAAACACUUUAAACGUAUGCUGGAAAUAAACGCCAAGGAAACAACGCGCUUAGUUGAUUUCCACUUCAGUGCGAAAAUUAACAAAUUACUCGAAGUGUUGCAAGAAGAUGAGCAAUCAUUAUUAACUUUUCUAGAGCAUUUACAUAGGCGACGAUUUGUUUUAACUGCCACGCAGAGUGCACAAUUGCUAGCACUUUUAUGCAAGUUUAAACCAGAAGAAGUCGACGAAUUUGUGCGUCAAUGCGACGAGUAUCGUGUAGAGGAGGCGCUAAGCUUAGUUUUAGCGUAUAAACUGAACAAAUCGGCAAUAUACCUAUAUGAAAAGCAAGCCAACUAUCACAAUGCAUUCGAGUUGUCCGUAGAAUUAUUGGCUACAUUACAUGGUGAAGCGGCGGCUACUUUUGCCCAAGAAAUAAGCGACUUGUGUGUACGUGCCACAAAUGUGCUUCCAAAAGCGGAUUGCGAAAAGUUUUGGUUUACGCUCCUACAGCAAAUAUUGCCACGUGAUGACCUCAAAUCCAGCACGAAGCAUAUGUUACAUUUAUCGUCACAGUAUGUCGACUUACCAAAAUUGGUGCAACUUGUGAUGAACACCCGUAAUGUUUCGGGAAAUUUCGGUGAUAUUAAAGAUUUACUAAUGAGUAUGCUGUCGCAAUCUCGUCUCGAGACAGAUACCAUGGAGAAAACGCUCCAAGUCAAGUGUCAAGAUCUAGCAAAUGCUUUUGCACGUAAACGUUCCGAGGCUAAGCGCGGUCUUCUAGUGUCGGCAAUGCGUUGUGCCAUUUGUCAACAACGUUUGUAUAACCAAAGUGAUAUACUUGUCCUUGGCGGCUGUGGACAUGCUGUCCAUGACAAAUGUGCAACAACAUAUAAUGAAACAGUGCAAUCGCGCCUGAAUAACGGUGAUAUUUCGCAAACGACGCAAGCGGAGAAAGAUGCAUAUAACGGUAUUCAUGUAGCAUGUCCGCAUUGCUCAGCGGAAAUGAGAAACAAUUUUUACAAUAAUAUAAUUAAACUAUCGGAACCUAAGCGUACAGUGUCUGCGCUAUGUGAAGCGGCUUUUAAUAUACAACAAGAACAACAAAAUGUAAAUCAAAUGGGUGUAUUGAAAUUAAAAGCGCCACCACGAAAGUUUACUUGCAACUAAGAAUAAUGCAAGUUAAAUAUGGCAUUUUGCAUUCCUUCGUUUAACAUCUCAUAAAUAACUGUGUAUUUCAUUUGCUAUUAUUUGUUUUUGUAAAGACAAAUGCGUCAUCUAUGAUUACUGAAUCACUUUCAAUGCUAUAAAUUAUUGAAAAUCAGCCGGGAAAUUUCGCUAAAAAAUGGAAAUACUCGUAAACUAUUGCAAGUACUUUAAAUUAAACCAAGUAAAAAAUAUAAAAAAUCUAAUACUCGUUUGUAGAUUUUCUGUUCCUCUUAUUUUCUUCAAUUUAACUUCAUGGACGUUAAUUUAUGCACAAUUUAAACUGCUUAUAAUAUAUUUUCGAGACUCAAUGAAAGUGAUUCAGU